UUAUCAAAAACAAUAUAUUAACAAAAUCAGGUCUUUGUGUCGCAAUCACUACAAACACCCGUCUCCGGUAUAAAACGUGUGAAUUUCUCUUUGGAGAUACGCUUUUACAAUACACACGAGUGUCAGGAAAAGGAAGAGUGGAAUCAGCAGGAAAUCGUGUAGAAAUUAUGACCCGAGUCCUGAGACUGGCGUACACCAUCAUAUUCAUAGUUCCUUUUCUACAUGUGGAGGCCAAUGACAACCCCGGCGUCUGCGAAAAAUCAAUCGAUGUCGCCAUCGUGGGCGCGGGGAUAGGUGGCGCCAACUCAGCUUACAUGCUCCGAGAUGCCGGUCUGUCCAUCCAAGUGUUCGAGUACUCGAACCGGAUUGGCGGCCGUUUGUACACAAGCUCUCUACUCGAGGCACCAGACGUGAACCUGGAGCUCGGCGGUAUGCGCUUUGUCGGUGGCGUGCAUAAAAGGAUGCAGAAGAUUGUAAAAGAACUUGGACUGACCCAGACAGUGUUCCCCGAAGGUUUUGGUUUGCGGAACAGGACGACUUACUUCCUCAGAGACGAGAGCCUCAACAUCACUCAGCUUCUCACGGGAGAUUUACCUUACAAUCUCACCGCCGAGGAAGACGCCAACAGACAUCGACUAUUGAUUUUCUAUGUGGAGAAACUCACAGGUCUCAAAAAAGGCAACUCCCCUCUGCCCCGAAACCAAAUCAUGCAGCUGAGGGCGCCAGACGGCCGGUACCUGUUUACCCUCAGUUUAGAGGAGGCUCUCGACCUUGUGGCCAGUGAGGAAGGAAAGGCGUUUUGUCUGGCCAAAUACUUUGUGUUUGAGAAAUACGCCGCUAGCAACAUCUCGGCCGCCAUGAUGAUAGACUCAGUUCUUGGAGCUCAAACUUUCGGUGCUGGAGUGUACACCGUGAAGGAAGGAAUGUCCGCGGUUCCUCAGGGACUUAUAAAGGCUUUUCUCGCUGCCAACAACAGCCAUUCCUUGGAACUCAAUCGGCAGCUUCUCAGCAUUCAUCGCACGAGUGAUCAAGCCAUGUAUAUACUUACAUUUAACCGAACUCAAACAGACGAGGAUGGCUUUACGAAAGCAACGGAUGAGCAGCAUGUUGUGUGUGCCAAGAGAGUGAUCCUAGCACUGCCUCACCACGCUCUCUCUAGGAUUCAGUGGAGACCUCUCAGGGAGGUCCGGGUGCGCAAUGCACUGUAUGCACUCAUGUGUCGAACAGCGAGCAAAGUGUUUAUGACUUUUAGCAACCAAUGGUGGCUAAGUGGCACAAACCCUUCCUACUACGCCUACUCCGACACCUCAUUUCUUACGGCAAUAGACUGGAAGCGAUCUGCGACGACUGGUAACUACAUUCUCCUCACAAGCUACAGUACUGGCAACAAUACCGAGUUUUUUCAUCGACUUCAGAGUCACGGCGACCAAGGUAAAGGAAAUGGAACAAUCAAAGCGUCGGCCUCCCUGACAAAUGAGGUUUUAGAGGAGUUAAGCCAUGCCUUUGGUCUUGCCCGGACAGACAUCCCAGAACCUUUGUCCAGCUGGGUUCAGUUCUGGGACGCCUACCCCUUCGGCUGUGCAUGGAGAUCGUAUCGACCUGGUUUCCGCUUUGAUGAGGUCACAGGGAUCCUGCGACGUCCAUCGGUCUCUGAUGACGUGUUCGUCGUCGGCUCUGAUUUCUCCUGGGGUGAACUACUCCACUGGUCUGAAGGAGCUUUAGAGACAUCUGAGAUCGUUGUUAACACUUACUUCACUCAGAUGUUCCCUAGAAUGUGACACUAUUUCCCUUCUAACCCACGAUGAAAUCUUGUUGUUCUAGAUGAGUUCGGAUAAGUCAAGACAACAAGGCGCAACUUUCUAUUCAUACGUAUAGUGGGCAAAAACCCAUUUCAUCUCAUAGUCCCCAAAAAUGAAAGAGCAAAAUGUUCAAUGCAUUGUUCCCCAAAAUGGACAAGCUGAAUUCAAGCCAGACUUUCUCACGAAUGUGAUAGGUUACAUCUUAAUCUACUGUCCUCCUCGAGCCUGUGUGGUAUAACAAUUUCUAUUCACUAUACCAUGACUUUUCUUUUACUUAAAUUAAGCAUCAGAUGUAUGUAAUGUGUUAUAACACUCCGGCUAUAUAACUGAAUAGAAGUCAAAAUAUACAAAUAACAAAAUAAAAUUAAUGAACUAACAGGA